AAUUCCUAAUUUGGCAGUUAACCUAUGGGAUACUGUACUGGAAAGUUAAAUCAGUCUUUAUGAUUAUCAGACUUGUAAUUUGGAUAAAAAUAUUCGAAAGUAGAAACGGGAUCGCCAUUGAUUUUGCUUCUACGGCAGCUCUUUUUACAGGCAGUCUGGCUGGAGCUCAAACAUUCCGAUGGCACAUUCGUAAUCCAAGAUGUCGAACCCACGAACCGGCCUCCAUUUUAACGGAUCCAGAAAACUACCUUCACCCCAACAAGCCAUAUCCGAGAGUUUAAACGGAGAUGAAAUGCUCAAAACGAUGGAUCAGGCGCAACGCCGCACAGCACUCCUUCCUGGCCGACCUGUUGCCAAGCAAUACAGGCGCAGCAGAGCGAUGUGGGCGGAGGACAAGCAAGACGCUCAAGUGGAUGAUACGCUGCAGCAGCAAGUGACCGAACACGACGGUGUCAUCGCACAACUGACGACCGAGAUCUCCGCGAAGGACCGGCUUCUUGUGGAUCUGCAGCUGCGCUUGCAGCAACUGGAGAGCAGUUUAGCAGAGGAGAAAGCGCGCAGUGCCAAGCUCCUGCAGUUCAGCGCCACCAUCCAACGGCUGCUCGCCAACAACCCGGAUGUUGUCGGACUACCACAGACGCCGGCGGCCGCUCCGCUUUCCUGUGUCGUCACUGCUGCAAAGUAA